GAUAACAUCACUACAGCUGUCUAUGAAUGAUGUGAUUCCGUAUGAAUUUCUGAUUGUGGCUUUUCUCAGUGUAAUUUUCUUCGAUUAAUCAUUGUAUUUCGUUAAGUGUUUUAGUAUAAUAACCAACUAAUCAUGGCUAACGACGAUGCUGUGCUUAAGCAGUAUCUUUCUAAGUACAAACAUCGCGACUACACGGCUCGUGAAGUAGCUAAUUUGAUUCAAGUGUACAGAAGUUUGACCUAUCGUCUGGAAGCCUUUGUGUUCAACAACGGCGCUAGGAAAGACCUGCUGAACCUGGAAGGUACUAUCCCCGUUAAUUAUAAAGGCGCAUUUUACAACAUCCCUGUAUGUAUCUGGCUCAUGGACACUCAUCCACAAAAUGCGCCGUUGUGUUUUGUGAAACCCACGUCAGACAUGUCUAUUAAAGUUUCAAAAUAUGUAGACAGCAACGGCAAAGUAUAUCUACCAUUUUUACACGAAUGGACGGGUAAUGGCUCCACUUUGCAGAAGCUUAUUCAGUGCAUGGUUACUGCCUUUGGAGAGCUGCCUCCGGUUUAUUCAAAGCCGCGUAAUGACACAAGAGCGCCUUACCCGGUUAAUUCCUUCAUGCCACAGCCGACCGGAUAUCCAUUCCCGCAGGGAGGUCCACCAGGUUUCCCAGCACCUCCUUAUCCAACAACAUCUAAUCUGCCUUAUCCAAGUUAUGGGGCGCCAUAUCCUGGUGCAGUGGGGGGUACCAAUGGCUUGUCAUACCCUCCUGUCGCUUCAACUACUCCAUACCCACCGGCAGCAGGCUAUGGACCCGGUACAGCAGAUGUUGCUGGCGGAACUAUCACAGAGGAACAUAUUAAAGCAUCCCUCUUAUCUGCUGUGGAAGACAAACUACGAAGGAGGCUUAAGGAACAAUCUCUUCAAUCUCAGGCAGAACUGGAAACCCUUCGUCGCACACAGCAGGAGCUCCGUGAAGGGAAGUCUCGUCUAGAAGAUAUUCUUUCAAGAUUACAGAGGGAGAGAGCAGAAUUAGAUAAAAAUGUGACAAUAUUGCAGGAGAAAGAGAAAGAAUUGCAUACUGCUAUAGACCGCUUGCAGGAACAAGAGGGCAUUGAUGUGGAUGAGGCAGUUGUGACCACUGCUCCACUGUACUCACAGCUGUUGAAUGCUUUCGCUGAAGAAGCUACUCUGGAAGAUGCUAUAUACUACAUGGGAGAGGCAUUACGCAAAGAGGUUAUUGACUUGGACACGUUCUUGAAGCAAGUGCGCACCCUGGCCCGUCGACAGUUCACCCUGCGUGCCCUGAUGCACAAGUGUCGGCAGAAGGCUCAGCUGGCGUGCUAAUAGUGGCGUCGUUUCUGGCAAUGUACCCAUAAAUUCUUGCCAGAAAUGAAAUACUCUGUGAUUUGUAUGUAAACGGUGAUGAGUCAUGUAAAGUUGCAUCAUGUUGUGGACUUGUUGAGGGCAAUUUAGGUUAAUGCCUUCAGAACUAUAUAACUAUACUAUCCUGGUUUAUAAUCUAUAUCUAUUUCCUGUAUGUCUUAAAUAUGUAUAUGUCUUGACAGCUGAGAUGAAACAUGCUUAUAGUUAUUGUACAAUUUUAUGGUAAUUCCUGGCUUACCCUUAGAGAGCAGCAUAAAAUAGAAAGCUAAAGACUUACAAUAGAUUGAUCUGCAAUAACUGAGACUCAUAACAAACAUGAUAAAAACAGGUUAUUGUGUUUACAUGAAGUCUUUGCUUAUAUUUUAUGUGGCAUUUCUAUGAAAUAAAAAUAAGUAAGCAUUCAAAAAUGUAAAUAAACUAUUAUCCAAAUGUCUUUGGUAUCCGUUUUAUUAUCAUAGGUCCUUAAUGGUGUAUCUUAUUCCAAAUUAUGAGAUUCAUACUCCUGUAUGACUUGAUUCAUUUCGGUGUGGAAAACCUCAUUUAUCACAUUGAACGGUUAUCAUAAAAGUGCAUAAUGCAAGUUAUAUUGUUAUGCACUGUGUAUCUAGGAUAUUUGCAUUUAUUAUGUAAUCAUAGACUAGAACAUAGAUGUAACUUGUCACUUGUUAGUCCCUAUAUCUUAGACAUACUUGUUUACCAUCAUUAUAGCAUGUAAACCUUAGUAAAUAGUAUCAAAAUCAUAAUGUUCAGCUAACUAACUAUGUACAGCUGUAGUCUUGAGAUUCAAUUUAGAGCUGAGAUGUUAUCAAGUCAGUUUCAAAUCAAAAACUAUUUGAUGUGUUUAUCAUUGAGGGGAUUCCUUGUAGCCCAUUAAAUAAAUGUUAUAUUGAUAGCUAGAUAAAACAUUAAGUGAGGGACGAGGCAGACAGACAGAUAGUGAGUCAGAUGUUAUAUAUUUAUCUCUAACCAUGUUUUACUUCAAAGGAAAUAGCUAAGAGAUAACAAUGUAGUUUAUUUGUGUGACUUUGAUAGAAGCUUUUUAACCACAAAAAUAAAUUACAAGUUUAAAUAUUGCAACUACUUUAUUCUAGUAAAAUUUAUGUUUUUUUUGCUAUUACAAUAUCAUAUCGAGACAAAAUAUCGCGUAUCAAAGAAUUUAGGAGCAAUUCACACCGUGGCCUGCAAGGAUAUAAAUCUAUUUGUUUAUUUGUCAAUUGUAAACAGUCUGAAUAUUUUAAUUUGCUACCUACCUGAAAGGCAACAGUAACUCCUUAUACAUUUGAUUUUACUACAAAAAAAGCUAAACAGGCAUUCGUGACAUCUUUAAUUACAUGAUGAAGUAAGACCAAUGAAUAAACUCAGCAGUUGCUCUGGUGUGUUUUGCAUCCAAAAUGCAGGGUUGUUGUAAUUAAGUGGUAGACAAUAAUACGAACAUCAACAUAAACCGAAGUGCUAUAGGGCGUUGUGAUCUGGUUGUAAAUCAUUGUGCCAUGUCGAGGCAAGGAAUGCAUAGUAAUUAAUAUUUACUAUUUUGUAAACUCUUAUUACAGAGGCACUACAUUUUGUUUAUGUAUCUAUUUAUGUAGGCAGAUUUCUUUAAGUUUAAGAUGGAAAAACUAAUGGCUGGCGCUGUUAAAUAUAAGUCAAGGCUAUAUUAUAGUCAUUGUUGCAUUGUAAUGUUUCCAUAUUUUCAGUUCACUGACCUAUAAAAACCUAGACGAAGUGUAGUGCCCUUUUAUACAUAUAAAUAAAUAAAUAUAAAGUAAGUUAUUGGCACAUUUAUUACGCAAUGAAUAAUUAGAUUUAACCAUAUCUUGGUGUUAGCAUACGAUAUUUUUAUGUGUUAUAUGAAUCUUAGCAGGUACAGUCAACAAAAAAGUUAUAAUACAGGUAGAUCUGAGAUACCCGUAACAGUGCUUAUCUAUAGAAAUUUACUUCAACAAGACAAGAUCAAUAUUUUAGUAUUUCUCUAGAAUGGAAUCCGACCUUCAUAUGUUAUUCAGGCGACAGUCUUGAAUAUUUAAUAAGACAUGAUGCUAUGCGUCCUCUUUCUAUCCAUCAAUAUAAUAAAUAGGUCAGUAGCCGAUAUAAAUGAUCGUUUAAGGCUCAUGUUAUUAUAGGUUUUUGUCACCAGUCUUUGCCAACUACUAAGAAUAUCAUUAGCCUGUAUGCUGUGGUUUUUGUUGACUGUACAGCUCGUCUUCUAAUUAACGGCCAGGAUAAUUGCGCCGUCGUAGUCAUGAUGUCAUCGAGCUAUCAAUCUGCACAUAAUAUAGGCUCCUCGCCGUUAUUAAAUAGAUCUACUUAUAUACUCUCAACAAUGAUUGACUCUGAAAGAAAUUGCGCGCUGACUCCUUGACUAUUUAAGUAGAGUUUAAUCUUAGUUUAAGACUAUUUAGGAUGCAUAUACCUUCGCAAUGAAACGUUUGCGUGACGCUAGUAAUUAUCGAUUAUAUUGAAGUUUUAGUUAGCAAGCAAUUUCUUUCAAUGUCUAUAGAAUUGUCUCUCGCUUCUAUCGAGUUACCCCGCAAUGUAAGUAGGCUCUGCACUACUAAGACUGUGUAAAUAAGAUCUUAUAAGUAAAAAAAUAUAACUGAAUAUUACUCAUUGAAAACUCUUAUAUUAGUAGUGAUAAAAUCGGUGUUACGGAUUGUUUAAAUGUAGUGUUAUUUCAUAUAUUCUUGUUUAUAAUAAUUGUCUAUUUAAUAUAAGUCACUGUUUUCACUAAUUUGAGAAGUGUUGUAGAAACAAUUGUCACGUUGUAGAAGAAUAAAUGCAAUUUAUUUAAUCGAUUUUGUUUAAGAUAUGGAGAUUGCUUUGUUCCUUCUUUGUACAGCUUAUUGUAUAUUAUAUUUUAUGUACGUAGCUUGAAUUGUAACUGGAUUUUUGCAUGACGAAUAUUUUGUUUGAUACACUACACUGUUAUAAUGAUUAUGCCCCAACACUGUUGUUAUUUGAAUUUUCUCAAAGUUGUGUAUUAUGUUGUCAUGCGAAAGUCCCGUCAGAUGCCCCUGUUUGUGUAUUGAUGAAGUGUUCAUGUAUAGUUAAACCACCUUUCUAAGUGGCAGCCUAGAUGAUCAAAUAAAUUAUAUCGUAUAGAUUUCAAUCAUGAAAUCGGGUCGAAGCUUGAUAGCUUGAUAUCAGACGACGCCUGAUUAGAGAUAUUCUAUGAAUCAACCCUCUUACAACAAGAAUAUCUAUAGCUGACUAAUCCACUUUACACAUAGUGUGCGAUAAAAUAUUAUCGUGUUAACUCUUAUUGAUUAGCUUUUACCAAUACACAAACAGGAGCCGGCAUUCAAAGAGAUAAACUGUUAAUCAUUUUUGUAUCUUGACGAAUGUAAAUAGUUUAAGUUUGCAUUGCAUAUAAUCGGCGCUGACUGAUAUUUGUCACAAUAAAUGCGAAAAUAGCAA